UCCAGCAAGUUACCCCGAUAUGCCAGUAACCCCGCUUCGUAAUACAGGCCACAGGCUCCGUGGGUAAUGUUUAAGUUUAUGUCGCGUCAAGAGCUCUUGCAAUUGACGAAUUAAGUUAUCAGCAAACUAUCCACAAAGGCCGUCUGCGGACAGGCAGUUCUCGAGUAAGUGACCGGCAAACGCUUACGCUGCAGAUCUGUUGCACAAAAAGGAGCAACCUGACUCCACUGACCUGCCGGCAUUGGCUCGGAAAGGACUGGAACGAGGGGCUUGACUGGGAGCUGGUGGAAGACGCAGCCCGUCAGAGGGGGUUCCAGUUAAUUGUCAUACGCCAUGUCUGAGCAAAGACAGCGUGCCCUGUCCACUUCAGGAGAAGCCCUCUAUCAGAUCCUGGGCCUGGAAAAAGGCUGCACCUAUGAAGACAUCAAGAAGUCCUACAGGAAACUGGCUCUGAAAUAUCACCCGGACAAGAAUCCCGACAAUCCAGAGGCCGCGGACAAGUUUAAGGAGCUGAACAAUGCUCACUCCGUGCUGUCAGACGUCACUAAAAAGAACAUCUACGACAAAUAUGGCUCCCUGGGUCUGUAUGUGGCGCAGCAGUUUGGAGAGGAGAACGUCAACACCUACUUCAUGCUCUCAAGCUGGUGGGCCAAGGGUCUCUUCGCCAUCUGCGGCCUGCUGACGGGCUGCUACUUCUGCUGCUGCCUGUGCUGCUGCUGCAAUUGCUGCUGCGGGAAAUGCAAGCCCCGGGUUCCGGGGGAGGAAGACCAGCAAGAGUGCUACGCGUCCCCGGAGGACCUGGAGGAACAGAUCCGUACCGACAUGGAAAGGGAUGGCGAUACGCCCAUUGUGAUGCAGCCAACGAACGCGAGUGAGAAGACCCAGCUGAUCGGUGACGGACACCGGACCUACACCUGAGAGGGCGUGGCCACGGGGAGGCGAUCUUUGUAAAUAGGGACGCGUGUGUGACAUCAUGCGGUGACGUUUGGCUGUAUUUUCACGUUUCUUCUGGUUGCCUAGAGGUAUUUUGUUGUGACUUAGCAUUAAAACAUAACGACUGGAAAACGAACUUUAUAAGAGAAUAUAAAGAGUAAAGUCUGUUAUCUGAUGUAUCAAGACAAAUAAAAGCAUUUUUGAAGAUUUA